AUGUAAAAUCCAUAAGGAUUGUAUUAAACAAGGAUGUCUAUUUCAUCAAAUCGCUCAAAUGACAUAGACUUUGAUAAGUACAAGUAAAUAAUCGAAACUGAAAUAUCAAAUAAUUGGCUAGGGUUUAAAUACUUAAAUUAAUUGGAAGAUAGAAAAAUCUAAAUAGUAGACAAAAUUAAUGAAUACUUAGAAAAACUUACAAAUGGCAAGCAAAAUCUUAUUAUCUACUGUGACUUUAAAUUUAGUUAGAAUUUAGAUCUUUUAAUUAAAACAUCAGAUAUCAGAUAAUAAUUUUUAGAAUAAUAGCCACCAAAUGAAAAUAUGGGUGUGAAAAUUAAUUAACCUGAUUUGUAUUCAGCUUUGUUGAAGAUAAGAGAAUUCAUGUUUAAUGAAUGCAUGAAUUUUAAAUAAUGGCUUAAGUAAUAUUAAGAUUCUAAAGGAGAUAUUUGGAAUAAGGCUGAGUGGUUUUUGUAAAAUAAUAACGAAAAGGAAUCAAAUAAAUACUUCGUUCAAGUUGAAAAGCAUAGAAAAAAUAUGAUGAAUUAACUAAAUUUUAUUUAGGAGAAUUAAGAUUAUUAUAUUGAAUUAUCUGUCUAUCUUGAUCAUUAUUAUGAAUAUUUUGAUCAUUUAAACGUAAGCUAAAGAACAUAAAUAUAUUUAGAUUUUAUAUAAUUUUUGGAUCAGAUAAAACAAUAGCCGGAAAUUAGAUAUAAAUAUAAUUAAUACUAUAAAAAUAAUGCAAUUACAGAUAGAAAUUAAAAAUAAUAUAUUGUAAAUUAACCAUUAUAAUCAAAAUAUUAAAUUUCAAUUCCAAAAUUUUUAUGGUUUGAAAUUCAAAAAGCCGAUCUAUAAGGAUUUAUACUUUGCAAAAUGAUUGAAAGCCAAGAAUUUAAUUUGAAUUAUAAAGUCAUUGAAAAUAUUUUUUUGAAGUAAAGAGAUAUGGUAUUUAAUUAACCACCGUAUAAACCAAUAGGGCAAAUGUACCUUUGAAU